AUGGGCAGCGUGCGGUCAGAAGCAGCAGGCGGCGGCUAUCCUUCCGCGCUGCUGUCGAGGAGCCAUACGUUGGGCUCCAGCCACUGGCUGACGGAUGCCGCUUGGCUGGGGGGCCUGAUGGUGGCGGCCGGCGCCGCCUGGCGGGGACUGGCGGCGCACCACCCAGCCGUGCGGCUCCUUGCGACCGGCUACCUGGCUGUAGAGGGGCUGUUCUACCUUUGGAGCAAGCUGAGGCUGCGUCACGUGAGCAAGCUGUGGGAGAUCGUCCCGGACAGCUCCCGCCUGCCCAUCCACUUUGAGCGCUUCCUGCAGCUCCGCGACGUGUUCUGCAUCCGCGAGUUCCUGUCUGGCUGGUUCAUGGGAGCGCCAGUGGAGACAAUCCUGCGGGGCAAUGCCGAGGAAUUUGUGGCUUACGGCUUCCACUGCCGGUUGCUGCACCAGCUCAGCGAGCCCGAGCAGGCCAACAUCCGGGGCUUCUUGGAUGAUGUGGAGCGUGCCUGGGGCUUCCGCUUCGCGCCGGGCUACGAUCCUCACCUCCCCUUCAUGUGUCACCUGUGGGAGCCUCUAAGGGCGUACCACAAACCGCUGGUGCUCUUUGCCCUGACCGAGCUUGCGGCUCGAACGGCGCAUGUGCUGAUGUGGCUCAUGGGCUUCCGGCCGGGCCACGAGGGCGGGUUCAGCUGCUGGCAUGCGCCGCCGCUGUCGCCCACGCCGCCAGGCGCCGCGACGCUGUCGCCGCCCAUGUCUCCGGUCGGGGCGCGGCGGCCGCCUGGGCUCAGCUUGAGGCGGCACAGCACGAGCGAGGCGGUGGCGGGGGUGGUGCACCAUGCGGCGGAGCACGCACUGGAUGCCACCCUGACGGUCACCAGUGCGGCGGCCGCGGUGGUGGCGGCGCAGCACCCGCACGGCGGCCCCGCCCCGCUCUCCCCACGCCCUCAGUCCCCGCUCUCGCCUCGGUCACAGUCGCCCCUCUUCGGCCCUGCUCCCUCGCCGGCGCCGCAGCAUGUGGCCUCCCCAGCGCGGCCGCUGCCCGUGGCUGCAGCGGCAGCAGCCCCAGUGGCAGCGCCGGCGCCGGCGGGCCAGGAGAGUGGCGCAGCGGUAGCAGCGGCGGUGGCGCAGCCGCAGCAAAGCCGCCGGCGCAACAAGGGCGACUCUGCCACCGACUUUGCGGGCGCGCUGCUGGUGGAACCAGCGGCCGCAGAUCCUGCAGAGGCUGCGGCACCGGCGCCCGCGGGGCCCGCACCGGCAGCAGCCAGCAGCCCCGCCGACAGCGCAUCCAGUGGCGCUGGCUCCGGCUCGGGCGGGGCAGCAGCAGCCAGCCGGGGCGAGGCUGCAGCAGCGGGCGCCACCACCCGCCCCGAUGUGCCGGUUGUGUUCCUGCACGGCGUGGGCUUUGGCGUGCUGCCCUACCUGCACCUAGUGCGAGACAUGCAGCACGCCUGCGGCGCCACGCCCUUCUUCAUGGUUGAGGUGCCGCACGUGGCGCUGCGGCUGUGCUGGGAGGCGCGGGACGUGGAUGACGUGGCGCACGCUGUGGCCGCCAUGCUGGCGCGGCACGGCUACCGCCGCGCCUGCGUGGUGGGCCACUCCUACGGCAGCUUUGUGGCCUCCCGCCUCUGCCAGCUGCACCCAGAGCUGGUGCACUCUGCGGUCCUGAUGGACCCUGUGGCGAUGAUGACCUGCUACCCACAGGCAAGCCGGGAUGGACGACUGCUGUUCAACUUCAUUUACAAGGAGCCCUGCGCCGCCAACUUCACCUCGCUGGCCGGCGCUGUGGACCUGCUGCGCUUCCUGUGCAGCCGGGACCUCACCAUAGCGCAGGCCAUCUGCCGCAAGUUCCAGUGGAGCGAGCUGAUGAUCUGGCCGCAGGACCUGCCGCGCCGCAGCCUGGUGGUGCUGUCUGGGCAGGACGACCUGGUGCCCUGCGAGCUGGUGAUGGCACACCUGAAGCUGACCGGGCACCCAGCCAAGGUGAUGCACCACCCAGAGCUGGGGCAUGGCGGCAUCCUGCUGGAUCCAGCAUGGCAGGCCCAGUUUGUGGCCAACCUGCGAGCCAUGCUGGCCGCCCAGCGCUGA